AUGGCUCUUCGCAUCCCUCAGGGAACACAAAUGCUCAAGGAUGGCUACAAGCACCUUCAAGGUGUUGAUGAAGCUGUCCUCCGCAACAUCACGGCUGUCCAUGACCUCUCUGAGAUUACCCGUACCUCCUUUGGUCCCAAUGGCCGCAAUAAGAUUAUUAUUAAUCACAUGGAGAAGCUCUUUGUGACCAACGAUGCCGCCACCAUUAUCCGCGAGCUCGAAGUUGUUCACCCAGCAGCUAAGUUGUUGGUCAUGGCCUCGCAGCAACAAGAAGCUGAGAUGGGGGAUGCCUCCAACUUGGUCAGCAUCAUUACAGGAGAGCUUCUGCAAAAGGCUGAGCACUUGCUUCGCAUGGGCCUUCAUCCCAGCGACAUUGUUCAGGGAUACGAGGUUGCUUUGACUAAGGCUCUGGAGAUUCUUGAGGAGCUUUCGGUGGAGGAAAUUAAGAAUGUGCAGACCAAGGACGACCUUGCCAAGGCUGUUCGCUCGUCCAUUGCUGCCAAGCAGUACGGAAACGAAGACAUGUUGACCGAUCUCGUUUGCGAGGCCGCCCUUGCUGUCAUGCCCAAGGAUGCCUCCACUUUCAACGUCGAUAGUGUCCGUGUUGUCAAGAUCAUGGGAAGCAGUCUUUAUGAGAGCCGUGUCGUUAAAGGAAUGGUUUUCGGUCGCUCCCCCGAGGGUGUUAUUACCAAUGCUAAGAAGGCCAAGGUCGCCAUUUUCACAUGCCCCUUGGAUGUCGCCCAGACGGAGACUAAGGGAACUGUUUUGAUUCAUAACGCCAAUGAGAUGCUCGACUUCACCAAGGGAGAGGAGAAGCACAUGGAGAGUAUGCUGAAGGGAAUUGCUGACGCCGGUGUUAAGGUCGUUGUCACCGGUAACGCUGUUGGUGAGCUCGCUCUCCACUACCUCAACAGAUUCGGUAUCAUGGUCGUCAAGGUGUUGUCCAAGUUUGACCUGAGACGUCUGUGUAGAGUGACGGGUGCCACUGCACUAGCCCGUGUCGGUGCUCCCAUGGCUGAGGAGAUGGGAUUCUGCGAUAUUGUCGAAAGCGUUGAGAUUGGUGGCGACCGUGUUACGGUGUUUAGACAGGAGGAGGAAAUCUCAAAGACUGCCACAAUUGUCAUCCGUGGUGCUACGCAGAACCAUUUGGACGAUGUCGAGCGCGCUUUGGAUGAUGGUAUCAAUGUGAUCAAGGCUCUUGUCAAGGAUCCUCGUCUUGUUCCAGGAGCUGGCGCCUCAGAGAUGGAGCUCCUCAAGCGCCUGUUAGCUGUUGGAGAGAAAACCCCUGGUUUGAACCAGCACUCGAUCAAGAAGUUUGCCGAGGCAUUUGAGGUCAUUCCUCGCACGCUGGCUGAGAACGCAGGCAUGGAUGCCACGGAGGUGCUUUCGAAGUUGUAUGCCUCUCACCAUGCAGACGACAGCGGUGUGAUGGGUGUUGACAUCGAGAGUGAAAAGAAUGGACUUUUGGAUGCACAUGGAGCCGGUAUCUACGAUGUCUUGUCAGCCAAGGCUCAUGCCAUCCGCCUCGCAACAGAAACCGCAAUGACCGUCCUUCGUGUAGAUCAGUUGAUCAUGUCGAAGGCUGCAGGUGGACCUGUUGCACCCAAGCAGAAGCAGCAUUGGGACGAGGAUUAA